GUUGUUUCGAAUGUCGGGAGCUGGCGCUGGGUAGGAGGCCGCGCGCUCUGCUGGGGACACAACUUGUACAAAUCUGAAGCCCAAGGUCGUCGACAGCCGCCGGUACCUUGAAUUUCAGGAAUAUCCUCUCCCAUCCCCCUUACCCCCUCUGUCAGAGUAUGGCUCAGGAGACCAAUCAGACGCAGGUGCCAAUGCUUUGCACUAUGGGAUGCGGUUUCUAUGGUAACCCCCGCACCAACGGCAUGUGCUCGGUCUGCUACAAGGAACACCUGCAGAGACAACAGGGAGGGGGGCGAUCCAGCCCCCCGGGAGAGAAAGCUGCUACAUCACCGGCAGGAUCACCAGGAUCAGCUGGUGUGACUGUGGAGAACACAACCUCAGAGCCCAGCACAGAGGUGGCAGGAACCCCGCCUGAGGAACAAACAACCAGUCCCAGCUCUCCCAGCCCUGUAACUCAACAGAUGACAGCUAUGAGCAUCUCCCAGGAUUCAGGAGCUGUAGACUCUGAUCGAGCAGAGGCUGAGGAGGGAGAAGAGGAGGGUACUUCCAGCAGCACAGAGCCAGUGGGGGAGGCAGCACAGGCUUCUGAUGGUGACCAAACCCCUGACAAAAACAAGAAAAAGAAUCGUUGCUUUUCUUGCCGGAAGAAAGUGGGCCUUACUGGUUUUGACUGUCGCUGUGGCAACCUGUUCUGUGCCAUUCACCGUUACUCUGACAAACACGACUGUCCCUAUGAUUACCGGAGUGCAGCUGCAGCCCGCAUACGUAAGGAGAACCCCAUCGUGGUGGCUGAGAAAAUUCAGAAGUUAUGAGGACUGAGUGCAAAAAAAAAAAAAAGUCUCUCUGACUUUGUGAAUUUGAACAAUGGCGACUUGGCUGAAAAACACCUGAUAUCAUGGCUUCAUUUGUUCAUGGUAGUCUAAGACGGGCAGGGUGGGGUGGUGCGGUCACAGCCACUGUCCAGACGCUUCCCUUACUAGCAUCUCCCUCUCUCUCCACUAGUGACUGUUUGCGGCUGAACCUAAGUGUUUCUGUUUGUGUGUGUGUUUGUAUGAAAGUGUGUGUGUGUGUGUGUGCACAUUUGCUUGAGAGUUGGGGAGAGAGCGGUAGGGGCUUGGUGGACAUGUUGCUCUGGGGAGGGAAGGCAUUUGAUUUUACCCCUUUUUUGUUUCUCAACUCGGGGGAUCGUGUGGGUUUAUUUUUGUACAAUCCCUGUAAGGUAGUUGAAAUGAGACAGGGGUAAGCUGUUAAGGAAUGUGUCACAGCCUGGAUAACGACACUGAGGUCAAUUAAGAAGGUCUAGCAAGUUUUGAAAAAAGAAAAAAAAAACUAGCUGGGAGAUUUCAUCCAUCAGCAAGACCUUUUAAGGGCUUUGGAAUAUAAAUUUUUCUCCCAGAGUAAAAAUGAUGUCAACUUCUUGUCAAAUUGGCAGAUUUUUUUUUUUUUUUUUUUUUAUCCUUCUCAUCUCCUCGUACCCUUAUUCUAUGGGUCACCACACGUUGGACUCCCAAGUCUCAGCAUUUUCCAGAAAUGUUUCUCUUUGAUAUAUUGACUUAUCAUACUGAUAUUGGGUGCAUGAACAUUGGAGGGGUGGGUUGGGGGGGUGGGUUAGGGGAAGGGUAACUGAGAACCUUGACUUACCUGAGUGAUUGAAUUCUGUGUUUUGUUUUUUGUUUUUUUUUUUUGUUUUUUUUUUUCUUUCUGUUUUAAUGAGCGUAUGACAUCAGAAGAUCUAUAUUAAUAUAUUGUAGUUAGCUUGAAUUGUGUGAUUGCAUUCUAUUUAUUUUUUAUCGUUUGGUUGGUCUGUGCUGGAGGAUUGGCAGCAUGUGUCAGCAAAUCAGUACGAUUUGCAUUUAACCUUUUCACUUAUAUUUAAGUAAUUCCAUCUUGAUUAUAUAACCAUUGAAGAAAAAAAUACACAAGCUCUGACACGAUGGAGUAGAGUCCAGUUAAGCUGUUAGUUACAAUUGUGCAGUAAAACGUUAUUUUGGAUUUGGAAACAAAGCACAACAAAGUGUGUCAAACUGCAGAGCACAAAAUAACGUGCCACACCUACUCAGUUUUGUUCAGCAUCUGGGUCAUUUGCAGUUUAUACUUGAUCAGUAUAGCAGGCUAACUGAAAAAAAAAGGCCUGCAUGAUUGACCGAUGAGAUGUUAGUAAGACAGUUUGUUCCUCUUGAAUGCCCUUUUUCGUUCUGUGGAGUCACAGAGUGGAGCUCCAUGUUUCUCUAACCACCAGCAGACCACUGACACAUGCUGAAUGAAAACUGACCCGGGUUGCAGUUAGUCUACACAUCGACACACCUUCUUUCUGCUCAGCUAAAGUAAAGAUUGCCGCGAUGCUACAGAGCUGCGCGCUGUGCUUUUACGAUGUGCUCGGAUUCAGACGAGUCUUUUACCAAGAAGACCGCUUCUAGCUAGCUUCUUCUAGGAAGAUCAACUUAAAAUGCAUGUGUGCAGUCAGAACAUAUGAGUUACUGUUUGGUAACUGACUGCACAGUUAGAAAUGAAGCUGGAAUGUUUAAAAAGCCACACAGCAGUAGCACAAUGCAUGGCUGGUUCAAGUUAACAGGACUCUACUGUUUUGUUUUGUUUUUCCAAAUGUAAAUACCAUAUGGCUCCUAUUCAUAUAGUAUAAUCUUAAUGUAGAUUUUUGCCAGGUAAUAAAGGUGGGGGACUAUGGUGAAGAAUAGUACAAUGUGUAUAAAAGUGCUUUUCAUAAUUAUCCAAACAAAAAAAAAGAAGAAUGUGCCGCAAAUGGCACUGAUUUUAUUCCCCCAUCUUGGUUCCCCCUUUUGUUUACAAGAUAUUUGCCACAUCAUCUGCCCAUGUAAUGUCCAAAGUAUUUUCAAACACUGGCUCCACCAUGAGUAUCUCCUGUAGGCCACAUGGCUUCUAUUUUACAAUAGUCAGAUUGUUAACAAGCCCCUGUAAGCUGUAUUAACCUCGCUGAAUUACACAGUAUUCCAAUCCUUGCUUUUUAUCCUGUUACUGAUUCUAUUCAUAGCAUAGUGAUAUUACAGAGAGUUUAAAAGGCCCCUUGUGAGAUGUAAGGGGUGGGGGGGGGGUCAUCUUUUCAUUAUCAAAAGCUUUCCUUGUAAAUGUUGCUUGAUCUUGAUCAUUAAAUAUUUAUGAAAAAAGCUGUAGAAAAGUUGCAAGGAAUUGGCAGAGAAUGCAUUUUCUAAAUAAGCCAGCGCAGAAUGUGUUGGACGUUAAUGACUCUUUUCCUUGUAUACAUCGAAUAUCAUAACAGGACCUGGUCGAAUUUAGCUCUGGCUACUAUGAUUGGAAAAUUUGCCUUUAUCAGAACUCCCAUUAAAGUCUUAGUGUUUAUAAUGGACAUGUGGCUUUGUGACUUAAUAUGCCGACACUGAGACUGUUUACCUGAGAUAAGUUGGUCAUCUAAAGUCCUUGACUGUGGUCUGAUUUCUUCCUCCAUCUCAUCACUUGUGGAAAAUUGAAAUUCAGAAGGAGUUUAUGGGGGUUCUUGAGUGAUGAUUAUAUACAAGGAAAAUAAUUGUCAUAUUAAGGGGAACCUGUGGUUGAAGCAGUUUGAUGUUUCUUAUGUAAUCUGAAUAUUGAAGCUUGCCUGCUGGGUUGAUAACCAUAACAAAAUAUUGUCUCCCACAAAACGAUGGUCAUCUUUCCUUUACAGAUUGAUCGUUCUUUCAGAGUCAUUCCCUUUCUUGGAAUGAUUGUUCAGCCGAUGUAAAUCGUGUGGAUUUCAUGGUUUACACUUUCUGUUUUCUAUUGACUGCUCAUAUCACACCCUCUUUUUUUGAAUAAAUGUGAGCAGUUUGAAUGUAAACCACCAUAAUUCAUACAAUAAGCUGUAAUGUCAUUUAUCAAAUUAUACUUAGCCCUGAUAUUGACUAUGACUUUGGGCAGAGGAUGGAGGCCCAUUUUUCUUAACAUGCGAUUUGAGACAGUUGGAUCACUAAAACUGUUUUUGUUUUUGAUGAAGGACUCGGCACCAGCAAUUAGGGCAACAAUACUUAAAUAAUCUAGAUAUUAUCAGUACAUAUUGUUUUCUUCCUUCUGUUCUGUUGCUUUGAUAGAGUUUUGAUGUCUUCAAUCCUGUCUUUAGCACAAUGUUUUAUAAUCAAUGUCUUCAUCAUGCAAGGGUUUUGAUUGAUGAUAAUAAUGAUAAACCUGCCAGUUAUGAUGAAUCUGGUUAGAAUUCUGUUUCACUGCAGAACCGAAGACAAAUGAAGAUGAGUUGAUUCAUUUUUGUCUUUCAAGAUGCACUUGAGGGACAUCACAUGAAAUCUGCAAUGUUCACAGAGCUGUAGUUCCUGUCCCUUGGCACUCCAGUCCCCCAGAAACACCACCAGAUAUCUUUUUAUUUUGUUUUUCUUUAAAGAUUUAGGAUUGUAUGAUGUGUAAGAGUAAGUACAAAACAAUAAAAUCGCAAAGUUUAUUUUAAA